AUGGGUCUCAAAGGUAAAUUAACGGCCCAAAUAGAGAUAAAGGCUGGUGGAGAUGUAUUUCAUGAACUGUUUAGUAACACACCACACCAACUACCCAACAUCAGCCCUAAUAUAAUUCAGAGCUGUGAUUUGCAUGAAGGAGAAUGGGGAACUGUAGGCUCUGUCUACUCCUGGAAGUUUACUCAUGAUGGGAAGCAGAAAGUAGCCAAAGAUAUCGUUGAAGCCAUUGACAAGGAAAAGAGGUCACUCACAUUGACUACGAUUGAGGGUGAUCUACUCGAGUUAUACAGAGUCUUUAAAACCAUUUUGCAGGUUGAAACACAUGAUGACAUUGAUUUGGUAACAUGGAUCCUUGAUUAUGAAAAGUUGAAGGACGACAUUGAAGAGCCAGUCACAUGUUUGGGUGUUCACAUUAACCUCUCAAAAGAUAUCGAGUCUUACCAUCUUAAUUAA